AUGGGUUGCUAUGCUCUGCCCGUCACUGUUAACGCCACUUUUACCAUAGAGCACUGUAAAGUACGCCAGAUAACUUCUGACUGGUUCCUUGCCACAUGGCUGGUAUCUGACCUAGGGCAGCUCCUGCAAGAAACCCACACACUGCGCUAUGAACUCACAGCCGUGUCUCCGGAAGACUCUGGGCAGCCUCCAGUCCGAAUCCUGAUAUACGUGGAUGAUGAGCUCUUCCUAUGCUACAAGGGGGACAGCAGACAAGCAGGGCCCUGUGGGCCCAGGAUCAAGGGACAUGCAGGAGCUGAGACCUGGACAAGAGAAACUGAGAACCUCCUUCAGAAGAAGGAGGAGCAACUCAGGAGAAUGCUGGCUGUGCUCACAAACCAGCAGGGCCAUAACGAGGGCUUUCACACCCUCCAGGAAACCUUGGGCUGUGAGCUUCAGAGAAACAGGAGCACUGGAGGCUUCUGGCGCUUUGGCUAUGAUGGGCAGGACUCCCUUGUGUUUGACCAGAAGAUUCUCACGUGGGCAAUGGCUGUGCCCUCCACCCAGCAGACCAAGAUGGUCUGGGAGACACAUGCCCCCAGAGAUGAUGAAGUUAAGGCUUUCUUGGAGGAUGGAUGUCCUGAUCAGCUCCAGGCAUUCUUGGCUUCCUUGAAGAAAUUCCCACUGGUUACAG